AUGCCUUUCUUAAGCACGCUCGAUAGCGAUCAUCAGACUGCAUUUUCUGGCCAUGAUGUGAACGCUAAAGAAGAUACCGUCACCCUUGAAUCUGCACCGGAGCCCUCUAUCCACCAAAGCAGCGGAGAACAGAUCAUGGCAAUGCCUGCCCGCUUCUUUGACGAGCUCCAAAGAGCCACCCAAGCUCACGUCGAUCUGAAACAGUUUGAACGACAGGUCGACAGCUUAGCUCAAAAUCUUGGAAGAAGACUCGAGGCGUUGGACGAACAGAUCCCGAAAAUCCAGGAGAGCCUCACGACAGCCAAAGCGGAAGGUCUGCGCUCCGAUUCCGAACAGUACAUCGAGAUGCAGCAAGAAAUCCAGAAACGUGUCGAUGAGAAGGAUGAGAUAUUCGGCGGGCUGGAACAGAUGCAAGAGAAUUUCCGUGAAUACUGCCAGGAAUACAGGGAGCGCACUGAGGGCUUUUUCGAGAUGUGGCGUGAGAUUGCCAACCAAGGAUUGCGGGACAUGCGUCGAGAUCGCGAGGUAGUCCUCCUCCCCAGCGCUUUCUUGUCGAUGAAGAAGAAGGAGCCACCGAAACAGGUCGCUACAGCACGACCACCACUAGCCAUCCCUCAAAAGGAGCCUGCUCCCAGACUUGACGCCCCACUUGCUCCCUCCGACCCCAAGCGUAGGUACCUCACUCCUGACUACACCAAGUUCCAGCGGCAACUCGACCACGCCUAUCAGCAACUCGACAAUCGACAUGAGCGCUUCCAGCGCGAUGUCCUCGAUGGGUACCAACGAUGGCGACGUGGCGAGCCAGGCUGUGAGGAGAAUCGCAGAUUAACAGGCGGCACUUUGAAGAGACGAGAGAGAUGA